CGGCGGCCCAUCCCUUGCUUCGUCCCCGGCCGAUAGAGGGCAUCCUUGUCUCUUCUCUUGAGCAGUCAGUCAGUCAGUCCUCGAUUCGCCGGUUCCAUCGGAUCGUAUAUAUCGAGGUGGUUCUACUUCCAUCUCUCCAUUUAUAUAUAUUGAUCCAUCGAUCAGCAGCUAGCUUGCUGAUCGAGGCUGAUCGAUCGACGAUACGGAGCUGGAGCUGGAGAUGAUGUCCUCGGCGGCGGCGACGUCGCAGCUGCCGCCGGGGUUCCGGUUCCACCCCACCGACGAGGAGCUCAUCCUGCACUACCUCCGCAACCGCGCGGCCUCGUUGCCGUGCCCCGUCCCCAUCAUCGCCGACGUCGACAUCUACAAGUUGGACCCAUGGGAGCUCCCCUCCAAGGCUGUGUACGGCGACGGCGAGUACUACUUCUUCAGCCCGCGCGACCGCAAGUACCCCAACGGCAUCCGCCCCAACCGCGCGGCGGGGUCCGGCUACUGGAAGGCCACCGGCACCGACAAGCCCAUCCACGACAGCGCCACCGGCGAGAGCGUCGGCGUCAAGAAGGCGCUCGUCUUCUACAAGGGCCGCCCGCCCAGGGGCACCAAGACCAACUGGAUCAUGCACGAGUACCGCCUCGCCGCCGCCGCCGCCGCCCCGCUCGCCGCCGCCUACCGCCCGCCGCCGUCCAAGUUCAGGAACGUCACCACCAUGAGGCUGGACGACUGGGUGCUGUGCCGGAUCUACAACAAGUCCGGCCAGCCGUCGCCGAUGGUGCCGCCGCUCGCCGACUACGACCACCUCGACAACGACGACCCUGCUUCCUCCGGCGGCUUCGACGACAUCUGCAGCUUCGACGCGCCCACCACCAGCAGUGGUGCUACUAGUACGACCGCCAGCAGCAGCGCCUUCCUUCACCAGCAGCCGCCGCCGGCGGCGGCGCUGCUGCCGCGGCUCCCCAAGAUCCCCUCCUUCCCCGAGCUCUUGGACGAGUACGCGUUCGCGCACAUCUUCGACACCGCCGCCGGGCCGGUCGAGCAGGACCCGCUGGCCGUGCACCCCUCCCUCAACCAGCUCCUGGCCGUCGGCGACUGCGCGCACUCCGACCUGACGACGAUCUACUCGCCGCCCCCGGCCGCCGGCGGGAAACGCAAGGCGACAUCGAUGAGUCCGGACGAGUGCACCGGGACGAUCACUGCUGCUGCUGGCAACCACCACCACCCGCCGGGCAAGAGGCUCAACGGGUCGUGGUGCUUGGACGCGCCGCAGCCGGCGAUCGCCUUGUUGCCCGCGACGUCGUCCGUGCUGGGCGGCCUCAACCAUCACAUGCUCCCUCACUUCUAGCUAGUUAUUGACUUUUAGUUGAUUUGGCAUCAUCAAUCAAAUCUACGGAUCCAUCGCCUGCGGCGGCGCAUGCAUUAAGAUGGGUGCUCGUGCGAUGAACAAGUAUUGUAGUAGUAUUGUACUAGAAUAUUGAACAAGUAAGCGUCGUAUGCAUACGAUUUUUUUCUCCCCUAUGUUACGUACUAUUCAUUAAUUUCAGGCACAGUGCAAACCUAGCUGGAGCUUGACUCAUCUCAUCUACUACUGCUUUUAGUUACGAGAAUAUAGCCUUGUUUGUUUUCA